AUGAGCAAAUGUGAUCACUCAGUGUUCUAUCGGAAAUCAACAUUUGGCUCUAUUCUCCUUCUUAUGUAUGUUGAUGACAUUGUCAUCACAGGAAGUGAUUAUGCGGGGAUUUCUUCCCUUAAGUCUUUCUUACAUACCAGAUUUCAAAUGAAGGAUUUGGGACCGUUAAGAUACUUUUUAGGAGUAGAAGUAAAUAGAAACAAGAAGGGAAUUUUUCUGUCUCAAAGAAAGUAUAUUCUUGACCUGCUUGCUGACACUGCAAAGUUGGGAGCCAAACCUUGUAGUACUCCAAUGGUUCCCAAUGUGUAUCUUAUGACAGAUGAUAGUGAUCCUUUCGAUGAUCCAGAGAAAUAUAGAAGGUUAGUUGGAAAGUUAAACUACCUUACUGUGACUCGUCCGGAUAUUGCUUUUGCAGUAAGUGUUGUUAGCCAGUUUAUGUCCACACUUACGAUUAAACAGAGAUCGACUACAGGCUAUUGUGUGUUUGUUGGAGGGAACUUAGUUUCAUGGAGAAGUAAGAAGCAAAGUGUUGUAUCUCGAUCUAGUGCAGAAUCUGAGUACAGAGCUAUGUCAUAG